GACAGGGAAAGCCAGAAUGGAACGGCUCUUUAGGUAAUCUUACACACAAUCGGUGUUGGAAGAAAAGUAAUAAGAAUCAAAAGAUAUAGCACAUAACCUUCAUCGGGAUAGGUGCUUAAUUUACCGUUAAAGGCUUCACUGUAGUCUCGCAGAUCUGCAUGUAUAUGUAUUUGUGUGUUCUGAUAUGUAGUAGAAGCAAGAACACAUGUACACGAAUAUAGCUUGCUUAUAAACUGUCCAAUUGAUUGAAGAGAAUAUUCAGUCCGUAUACGCAAGCCAACCUGCUCACUGACAUCCCAUCUAAGCCCUCAAGAUCUCCCCAGUUCUUCAACCCAAACUUUGAGCAUUUCCAGAUCAACAUGAAGAUUGCAACGACAUGCCUCUUGGUCACUUUAUUGGUUUUUAUCCAUGGACAAGUUGGUAACUCCCAUGUCGUCACCGUACGUCAAGGAACUGACUCGUUAAAGAGUGAUACCCCAAGAAUCUCCCUCGGCGAAGUGAAUGAUCGUUUGGAAUUCGAUAAGGGAUCCGGAAUAAUUGAAGCGAUGUUAAAUGUGCCAGAAUGUCCCGGAAAUGACUUUCCAACGUUUACCAUUUCCCUGGAGAAUCCGAGCGGAUGUUAUAUUUUCCAGUCGACUGGAUUCAACAUGAACGGAUAUCCGAAUCAGUCAGGACCUUCUUAUUAUUCUUCAUACUUUUGCAGUUACACCAUUCAGUUUGGGGCUACUGUAAGUGGAACGGUGACCGUUAAAGAAAAAGACUUUCAAUUCCAAGAACCGGACAGUGAUGGAUCUUGCCUGGAUUAUGUAUUAAUUAUGGGUGUGAACGAUGAAAGACAACAAACCGACAAUAGUGAUCUCGAUGACCAAGAUUGGGGUAUAGAUUCCGUGCAAUAUUGUGGCACGAUUACAGGAGACAAGAUCCGCGAUUUCUCUGCCGAUGCACUUUUAAUUGGAUUAUCCGCCGACAACACAGAAAACGGCAACGGAGCCGAGAUUGUUAUCUGCAUUACGUAAAAGAGUUGGGGUCAAAAACCCGAUUCUAUGUUUUUGCCACUUUAUGAACUAUGCAGUGAUUAUUGGUUAAUUGGUUUUUCUUUUAUUUUGACCGACUUCAUGGUUUCGAAAAUGCAUUAAAUAAAUCCUUGAAAGGUC